CUUCUACCAAAGAGAGCCAAAGCCUUCGCACACCACUGUGCCAUUUGUGAAACAUAUAUUCUAGUGAUGGAAAAGUUUAAGCAUCAAAACGUAGACAGUAAGCACUCCGCCUCACAAUCAGGAAAUAUACCUGAAAGGAGGCAAUUUCAACAUGCGUCUACAUCGAGAGAAAAGCAGCAAAAUUUUCUUUGUGAUGGAUUACAGUUAAUUUUAAAAAUCGCACUGCACCGCCUGUUCACUUUCCCUUUAAACUUUGAAAUCGAUCCUGAACCACUGGCAGAAGCUGGACUUUUUUAUGAUCAAGAUAAAGAAGCAAUCAAGUGCAACUUUUGUAAGUUUGUAACCAAAGAUACAACAUGCUUGAGAGGAAAGACUGCGUACGAAAUUUUGAAAAUGACGCCGAAAUGCGUCAUCAACAAAAGAUCAUCUAAAAAUGUCCCAUUGGGAAACAUUGAAAGUGUUUUGAAUUACAAAUAUGAAUCUCACCGACUUUAUUCGACGCUGAAAAAGAAGGAUUGGAGAUUUGUGACGCCCGUCGAUUUGGCAAAAUCGGGAUUUUACUACAGCAGCCAAGAGGAUAAUUGUCGCUGCAUUUAUUGCAAUUUGGAGGUGCGCGGAUGGGAAAAGGGAGACACACCCGACGGCGAACACAAACGGUGGAAUGAAAACUGCCCCUUUUUGAGAAAUCCAGGCGGCGUCGUCAACAUAAAAAUUGGCGAGGAAUUAAUUGAACAAAAUUGCGACUCCAUUGGACAAAUCAAACUUGGAACAAACCCAAUCGACGUUAAGUCGCUUGAAGAAUAUCAAAAUAUGGAAGAACCGUCGCAAUAAAAUUGGACAGCCAUUUUAUCACGGCCUCUAAUUUGAAUAUCCACAACUGCACUUCACCGAAGCACCCUGGAAAAAUUUUAAUUUUGGAUCGUCUAAAAACUUUCAAGAAUUGGCCUAAAGAACUUUCCCAAACGCCGGAAGAUCUCGCAAAUUCAGGAUAUUAUUACACCAAAACUGGAAACCGAGUUGUUUGUUUCCACUGCAACCUUGGCCUGAAGGACUGGGCGCACGGCGAUGACCCUUUCAGGGAACACGCCAAGUGGAACUCGGGGUGCCAACACCUCAUCAUGCAAAAGGGCUCAGAUUUUAUCAGACAAAUUCUGCACGGAAACAUAAACCAAGAAAAUGAGCAAAUGAUGGAGACGACCACUUCUUCCUCCAAUAAUCUUCUUUGUUUAAAUUGUAAUAUUCAUCGCGUGUUUAAAGUUAAUUUGCUCUGCGGACACGUCAAACCUUUGUAGUAAAUGUAAUACUGACAGGUGUGCUAAUUCAUAGUGUAGUCAAAAAUUCUGGCUGAAAUUUCCAUUUUUCUUUGAGCUGUGUUUUUAUUUUUUUAUUAAUAAAACUAGUAUAAUAAACCCUAAUAAAGUUUUUAAUUAUAAAAAAAUGUGGUUUAGAAUAUAUAUAAUAAUAGUUUUUGUUAAUUAAAUAUUGCUUUACGGAUAGAUACAGAUGUGCAACUAAGUAAUAAAAAUUAGGAGGACUUGAAAUUUGUUUAAAAAUAACUCUUUAUAUUGGCUCUAUGUUUCCUAAAAAGCAGAUUAAGAUAAAACCCGCUAUAUUAUCCGUUAAAUUUUUGUAAAUAUCUUUUCACUCUAUGAACAAAAUUAAGUUAUUCAUCAUAGACUUUUUAACUUUGACUUUUAUAUGACACACGCGAUGGAAAUCAAGAAGGUCAAACUAGAACUUUCUAUAUGUCCUAUAUGUUAUGUAACAGUUUAUGUAGAAAACUGCAAAAUAGAUAUAAUUUUCAUUUUAACACGUCAUAACAUUUAUUUGAAAUAUUCUGAAAAAGAAAAAAAUUAUUUAGAUCAUGCAUCUUCCACUUAUCCAUGCUUACACUAUUUUGAUCAUGUACAAUCAAAAUUUUCAUGGUAGAGCAAGAUUUGAUGGUAUGAAUAUUUGUAACCCUUAUUUGCAUCCAUUUGAGAGUCGCUGCAAGCCCUUAAAUACUUAUGAUAUUGUUAUAUGCAUAAUCCCUAUCGAU